AUGAAAUACGCAUGCUGUAAAUCCACUGUCGAUGGUACCUCUGGUUCACUGUCAUGUACCACAUGCAAAUUGAAUUAUCAUGUGGCGUGCCUAUAUAGUUCAGAUAAGAGAAGGGUCUUCAGUGCUGAACAAAGGCGGUCUUGGCUUUGCCCUGGGUGUUCAUUAAGUCAACCAAGAACACUAAUUAAUGACAAUACUCCUAUUAGAACAGGCGCAGAAAAUGUAAACGUUCGUAGAGGCGCAUCAUGUAUUGAUUCUCCUACUCAACAUGUUUCUUAUGAGGCAGAUCCUACAAUAUUGGAGACUGUCAAAAACAUCAUAGCCUCAGAAAUGUCGGUCAUGAGGGCUGAAUUACGUUCGGCUAUUGCUGAAGCAAUUUCUAGGGAGGUCAAACCAAUUAUUGAGGAGAUCGCCUCGAUUAGGGAAUCCAUGAGUUUUAUAAAUGACCAACAUGAAAUCAUUAUGAAGAUAGUGAACGAACUUGAAAAGGAUAGCAAGUCGUAUUCAAAUUUGAAAUCGGAAAUUGGAAAUAUUAAAAAGUCAAUGGCUGUCACUGAGGCUGACAUCAACAAACAGGAACAGUGGGCUCGUCGAUCAAAUGUGUAA